AUGUCACUGAUGUUCUUUCUCACAACAUUGGGUUUGUUAGACAUAAUUUGCUUAAGUGUUACGGCCAUCAAAUAUAAUGGUCACUUUACAUUCACAAAAAAUCCAAUUGCAGGAAAACUAUCCUGUGUCCCUGUAUUUUCAGUCGUACAGGAAUCUGGUCAUCCACUAAUCCUAUCCAGCGGCAGCGGGUACUUUACCCUUUCCUUCUCCAAUCCAUACGAUGCCAUAUCUCUAUUAACCGAGUUAAUCCAGUCGCGAUCCAAUGAUGAUAAAUCUAACUUAUGGAAGAUUAAAGCCUCGACCUUAGAUACCUGGAUAUCUAAGAUGAAGGAUGAUAAAAAGUUCUGUUUAAAACACAAACUAAUCCACUCAUCAUUCGGUACUAAGCUCAAGAAUACGAAUGAAUUUGAAGUUUAUUAUUGUAAUGGACUGACACUGGACGGGAAGAUGUUAAUUUUUUUUGACAUCAGUGACCUAGAAAGUGAGAUUAAACGUUGUCCCAAACAAAACAGAAGGGAUGAGCUAAAAAAUAAUAUACAAUCUACAUGUCUCAUUGAACUAAUCACCAAUGACUCAAAUAACCUUGAAAAUUAUUCAUUUGUACCUUCCAAGCGUGCUCUGGAGUAUUUGACCUCCAGAAGAAUUUAG